AUGGUGCCUCAGACAGCAACAAGUCCCAGAGAAACUGAUAAGGAUGUUGAGACCACAUAUCGAGGAGCAAGGACCACCGUGAGAACAAACUAUGGCAGAACAGACGAGUUCACGGUCGGAGUCGGUCUGCACCAAGGGUCUGUACUUAGUCCCUUCCUCUUUAUCGUGGUAAUGAACGUCAUCAGUGAGAACUUCCGCACAAGCCUGCUAUGGGAGAUAUUGUUUGCAGACGACUCAGCAUUUGUGGCAGACAGUGAGGAAGAGCUGCAGAGAAGAUGGCUGAGGUGGCAGAUUGGAAUGGAGAGCGAGGGUUUGAAGGGAAACACCAAGAAGACUGAAGUUAUGGCAAGUAAUAGGAGGGAUGUGGAAGUGAACAUCAAAGACAAGGACAAUGCUAGACUCAAGUGGCAGCAGCCUGGAACAAAAAUAUGGACAAUGGGAAAGAAGGAGAAGAUCCUGGAAGCGACAGAAAUGAGGACGUUGAGAAGAACCAAAGGCGUGACGCUGACAGAAAGGGAAAUAAGUACUGACAUCAGGAGAGCAUUGGGAGUGAGUGACAUCAACGAGAAGGUCAAGGAGAAAGAAUGA